CAGGCGCCCCACUGCUCCCCACCGUUCUCCACUGCCGAGAUGAAGCUUCCUGACUGGUGCUGGCUGAGCUCAGCUGUCCUGGCUGCUUGCGGCUUGGUGGUGGUGGCAAACAACGAAACCGAGGAAAUUAGGGAUGGGAGGGCAAAGGACGCCUGCCCGGCGAUGCUGGAGAGCAGAGGGAAAUGCUCGUCCGCCGGCGAGUGUCCCUUCCAGGUGACCCUGCCCCCGCUGGCCAUUCAGCUACCCCAGGAAUUCGGCAGACUAGAGGAGGUGUUCAAAGAAGUCCAGACUCUCAAGGAAAUCGUCGACAGCCUCAAGAAAUCUUGCCAAGACUGUAAGCUGCAAGCUGAUGAUCACCGAGAUCCAGGACAUGGACUGGGGUCCCCUGGCACGGGAGCCCCGGGAGAGGCUGGGGACAGUAGAGUUGAAGAAUUGGAGAACGAGGUGAGCAAGCUGUCCUCCGAACUGAAGACUGCAAAGGAGGAGCUCGACAUGCUGCAAGGUCGCCUGGAGAAACUGAAUCUUGUAAAUAUGAACAACAUAGAAACUUACGUCGACAGCAAAGUGGCCAAUCUCACGUCUGUGGUCAAUAGUUUGGACGGCAAAUGUUCAUCCAAGUGUCCCAGUCACGAGCUAAUCCAGUCCCAGCCAGUUCAACAUCUAAUAUAUAAAGAUUGUUCUGACUACUACGUAAUAGGCAAAAGAAGCAGUGAGACCUACAGAGUUACCCCAGAUCCCAAAAACCGCAGCUUUGAGGUGUACUGUGACAUGGAGACUAUGGGGGGAGGCUGGACCGUGCUGCAGGCUCGACUUGACGGUAGCACCAAUUUCACCAGAACAUGGGAAGACUACAAAGCAGGCUUUGGAAACCUCCGGCGAGAGUUUUGGCUAGGAAAUGAUAAAAUUCAUCUUCUGACCAAGAGCAAGGAAAUGAUCUUGAGAAUCGAUCUUGAAGACUUUAAUGGUGUCAAACUGUAUGCCCUCUAUGAUCAGUUUUACGUGGCUAAUGAGUUUCUCAAAUACCGUUUACACAUUGGCAACUACAAUGGCACAGCUGGGGAUGCUUUACGUUUCAAUAAGCAUUACAACCAUGAUCUGAAGUUUUUCACCACCCCAGAUAGAGACAAUGAUCGCUAUCCCUCUGGCAACUGUGGGCACUACUACAGUUCAGGGUGGUGGUUUGAUGCAUGCCUUUCUGCAAACUUAAAUGGCAAGUAUUACCACCAAAAGUACAAAGGUGUCCGUAAUGGGAUUUUCUGGGGCACUUGGCCUGGUAUGAAUGAGGCACAGCCUACUGGCUACAAGUCCUCUUUCAAAGAGGCCAAAAUGAUGAUCAGACCCAAGCACUUUAAGCCAUAAAUC